UCUCCAUCCCCUCCUAGACGAGGCACGGGGCUUUCUGGUAAUUGAUCGAGACGGCGCUUCGAAGUCCGUUCAUUUUCGCACCCAUUUUUUUUUCUGCCCGUAAUGGUCAUCUUUUCUUGAGUCUGCAAAGUUUCCUCAAUAUCCGCUCGCCUGAUGGUGGCACCCAUUUGGCACUGCAGUUUUGCCAUGCAUGCAUCUGCGCGUCUGCGGUGUUGCUUAUAAUUGUUAUUAUCGAUACCGGUGAAGCUUUUAAGCUGUGCUCUCCGCUAGCCUCAUGAAUUCGACGAAAAUCGAAGACGAGGUGGAGCUGUGGCGGGGAGGCUUCUGUGGCGGAAGUGGCGCGAUGCGGUGCACGCGCAUCUGAGUCGAGUCGCGGUCCAAGGGGUCGUGCAAAUUUACGUGCUGGAAGGUUGUAGGUUGUAGGUGCGUGUAACCACCGUGGUCGUGUGGUGGUUUGGUGAAACUAUUUUUGUCUUCCUCUCCACUACUGCUGCUGCUGCUGCUGCUGCUGCUGAUGAACCGCACCGACCAAUAAUGGUGUGGAACGCACGAUCGGACAAUAGAGCACCUCGGCGGUGGUAGUGGUGGUGGGGUACACCCGAAAUCGCUUCAUCGGCUAGCGUUUCGGGGGGGUACUCUUGUAUCCUUGAUCGGGUAAGAAUUGUUUAGUUGCCGAGGUAUAAAAAGCGAUCGCGGUUCUGCAGUAAGGUACAGUCGGUGCUUCAAUUGCAGUUUGAGAGCUUCUUCUCUUGCACACAAACCCAAUCACUCGCUUCGCGUGUCAAAACCCCACUUGCCAUCAUGAAACUGUUCGUCGCCAUCGCUUUCGCCCUGCUGGCUGUCGUCGUCGCCCAGGACCAGUACACCACCAAGUACGACGGUAUCGAUCUGGACGAGAUCCUGAAGUCGGACCGUCUGUUCAACAACUACUUCAAGUGCCUGAUGGAUGAGGGCCGCUGCACCCCGGACGGUAACGAGCUGAAGAAGAUCCUGCCGGAAGCGCUCCAAACCAACUGUGCCAAGUGCAGUGAGAAGCAGCGUGCUGGUGCGAUCCGUGUGAUCAACUACGUGAUCGAGAACCGCAAGGAGCAGUGGGAUGCCCUGCAGAAGAAGUACGAUCCGGAGAACCUGUACAUCGAGAAGUACCGUGAGGAGGCCAAGAAGGAGGGCAUCAACCUGGAAUAAGUGGUGCUAGUCUACCGCGAGCGAUCACAACAUCCGCGCUGUGAUAUUGUUUUGUUGAUGUUAUCUCGAAAAUAAAUGUGAUAAACUUUUGGACUAUGAAAACACACCAAUCGUCCUGUGUAA